CCCUGUUCCGUGCGGAGUCUCUGGGAUCUCUCUCUCUGUCACCUCACAGUAGUCGUUGCCGGUCGCGGGUGUCGGGGCGCGAGCAGCGCAGGGCCGCCUCUCCCCCGCCCUCAGGCCGGGCCCCGGCUCGGUCCCCCGCUCCCUCCUCUCCCCACCCCGGUCGGGUACCGGAAGGUCCAAGCCGCUGCCGGGUGCCCGAGGGCCAUCGUGGCCGCCGCCACGGGUCCUGAUGGAGCCGCCAAAUCUCUAUCCGGUGAAGCUCUACGUGUACGACCUGUCCAAGGGCCUGGCCCGCCGGCUCAGCCCCAUCAUGCUGGGGAAACAACUGGAAGGCAUCUGGCACACCUCUAUAGUUGUACACAAGGAUGAGUUCUUCUUCGGCAGCAGCGGUAUUUCCAGCUGUACCCCGGGAGGAACAUUGCUUGGGCCCCCAGACUCUGUGGUUGAUGUGGGGAACACGGAGGUCACAGAAGAAAUCUUUCUGGAGUACCUGUCCUCCCUGGGGGAGUCUCUGUUCCGAGGAGAAGCCUACAACCUCUUUGAACACAACUGUAACACCUUUAGCAAUGAAGUGGCGCAGUUCCUGACUGGGCGGAAGAUCCCUUCUUACAUCACCGACCUGCCCUCAGAAGUUCUCUCCACGCCCUUUGGACAAGCACUUCGGCCCUUCCUGGACUCCAUUCAGAUCCAGCCUCCAGGAGGGAACUCUGUGGGCAGACCCAAUGGCCAAAGCUAACAGGACUGCACGGGACCGCCCACCUCGACAGGGCUUUUCCUUUUUAAACAAAACAAACCCUACCAGAUUUCUAUUUUAUAAUUUUACAUCAGAGCUAACAGGGACGGCUUUUUAAAUUUCCCAGGGAAGGAGUUCUUCAGGCUGCAUGUAGGACAAUGCUCCUGAGAAAGAUCGAAUGCCAUCCCUUCUAAUAGUAUUAUACUAAUUUAUUAAGGCUGUCUUGUCUGUGAGUUCACUUUUGACGCUGUUGCCUAAGCGUCCUCCACACUGGAGAGAGAGGGUGCUUGUUUAAAGAGAAAGCAAAAGUCACAGUCUGGGAGAACCCCGUCUCGGACCCUCUUUCCAGAGAACACCCACAUUCCACCCAGGUUGCCACCCGGUGGCACCCAGGUGAGUUUUAUACUGUCCAUUCCCCUGGAGCAGUCACCUUCUAGCAGUAACUGAACCAAAGGACUUGGAGUACAUGGGGGCCAGCUGGAGGCUCCUCACUCAACCUAAGUGAACUCUUUAAUCACAAGUUUACCCCUCCUCCCGAGACAAGGCCACUCGUCACCACCCAGCCGGAGCAGCCGCAGCAUCAGGAUCAAAGGAGACUGGCAGCAGGUGUGAGGCCAGAGAAAACAGGAGAAAGCCAUUCCUCCUCCUCCUCCUCCUAUCUGAGUGCCAACCCUCGAUGCCCACCCCUAAGCUGCUCUUCCUCAGCAUAGCUUGACCUGUCACCUUUAAUAAAGGUCUAGGCUGCAGCAGCAGAGACACAGGCCUUCUGUCUGAGAAUUAGUUAUUUAUAGUCAAUAGAGCCAGCCUCUCAAACCCUUAUGGGUUUGUCAGCUAGGGACUAGGGGGACAUGAUUGUUCUCCCAAAACAAGUCUCUGAUGUAGAAAAUACCAUAAUGAUAUAGAUUCAUGGUGGGAAGAAAAUUUGGAGUUGUCUCCAGUAGGGACUUUCACAUUAUUCUUAAUAUGUCUCCAUUGUCAUUCUGACCUUAUGGGGUGUGGUUGGGGUGUGAGUGGGCGUUUUCCUAAUGAUAUGCUGCUAGGAUUUCAUGGGCAGGAAUAGCCUAGAAGUCUAUGAUCUAGACUCCAGAUUCCAGAGGGACCUUAAGGUUCCCUUCUGUGGUGUCAGCCUUCUACUAGCUAAUGUGGGGAACUGGAUAUGGAGAAGGGAGCUCAGAGCAGGCACCUGAGACUCCGCUCCACAUCCAUGGGGAGCCCCCACACACACACCAUGGCUUCCUGCCUCUUCUGAAACUUGAGCUCACUCACUUGCCCCUACCCUGCAGGCUUUGCCACUAGCCAUAGCAGUAGGCAUCAUGGAGAUCUCUGCCUCAGAGCUGACCUGUUGUCUGACCAGAGCUAUGUUCACCUAGGAUGUCAAGUGGUGGUUGGGAACUUGAAGGUCACAGUCGAAGGUCUCAGGACUCAACAGUGUACAGGUGUACGUGGCUGUCACAAUGUAGAGUGGAAAGAAACCAACAGAGACUGUUUCGUGUUGGUCUGUUUGGCAGAAUAGAGCAGAAGGUUCAGUGUUUAAAGUUUGGUAUCUGGGAAGGCAGAGGUGGCUGGAAGCCAUCAAUUUCCUUUGCCUGGCCCCAGCUGGUAGCAUCUCUGCCCAGAGCUCUGUCCUGAGGGUGCUCUCACAUGGCCAUCCUCUGGUUUUCUCCUCAGCAGUAACCAUGGUAUUCUGAGACGUUUGCCUGAGGAUUUUAGUCACUUAAUUGCUUGAAUUAUCUCCUGUCAUGUCUAGCAGCCAUCCAUGCCAACGUUUGUGGCCAUGGCUAGCAGAGAGACGGGAAGACUGGACAGUCUCUCUGGUCUCCUUCCCCUAUGCAAGUUCCAUUGUCACCAGAACCCCAGGCCAGGAACCCCACCUUCACAUUUCUCUGUCCCGGUAUCUCAGGAGCGUGCUGUUCAUGCUCAGCUGACUCCACCCAGGCAUGUACAAGCAAGCUCAGAGGAAAAGGAGUCAUGUGGUUCAUGCCACAUAGUGGACAGGUCAGUUGGUCAAGGGACAAGGGAGGUGGAGGCAUGAGACCCUUGUCCUCUCCUAGACUGAAAGGUUUCUUUGAGAUUCCUUCAUGACUUCCUUGAAGUCAAACUAAUGUCUAAUACGGAGGUGUUCGCUGCUUUUCAUUGGUGUUUUUCUAAUGCAUUAAACUCACGUCUGCCUGCU